UACCUAAUAAAAGGGUGAUGUUGUAAGACACUACCCUUAGUCGAAAAGUCAUAGAACAUAUUUUUCUCGAACUUUAUCUGAUUUAUAUUUCAUCCGUCCCUAAAUUACAUUCAUGUUUUCCUUUAUUAUGCGAGGAAUAAAUGCUAGAAAUAGAAAUGUAAUUUAGGGAUGGAUGGAGUAUCUUAUUUAUAUAGGUCAGAUAUAUGCAUUAUUUGAAAAAUAAAAAAAAAAAUAUAAAAAAAAAAAAUUGAAUACAAGGUACUCCUUGGUUUCUAUAAAAAGAAUCCCAUAUAAGUAAACCCCUCACUUACAUCAACCUCUUUAAACAACCAUUUUCCCAUCUUCCUACACAAACACAAAGCAAAAAGAAAGUGAGUAAAAACCCAAAAAUAAAAUGGCAGCAAAAGACUCAUCAUCAAGGCAUAGGUCAAGGGAUGAUGAUGAUCAUGACGUAGAUUUGGGACUAAACAAGUACCCUGAUAAAGUACCUAUUGGUACCUUAGCUCCGGCUCCUCCUAAGGACUACAAGGACCCGCCGCCGUCUCCCAUGUUCGAGCACGGCGAGCUCAGGACUUGGUCUUUUUAUAGAGCCGGUAUUGCCGAAUUUGUAGCCACCUUCUUGUUCGUCUACGUCUCCGUUUUGACUGUCAUGGGCGUCGGCCGCGCUACUAACAAGUGUGCCACUGUUGGUGUUCAGGGCAUUGCUUGGGCCUUUGGUGGCAUGAUUUUUGCCCUUGUUUAUUGUACUGCUGGUAUUUCUGGUGGACACAUAAAUCCAGCAGUGAGCUUUGGGAUGCUAUUGGCAAGAAAACUGUCCCUAACAAGGGCAGUAUUCUACAUGUUGAUGCAGUGUUUGGGAGCCAUAUGUGGUGCUGGGGUGGUUAAAGGGUUCCAGGCCACCCCAUACGACGUGUUGGGUGGCGGCGCGAAUAAGGUUAACCUUGGUUAUACUAAGGCUGGUGGUCUUGGUGCUGAGAUUGUUGGUACUUUUGUUCUCGUUUACACUGUUUUCUCUGCUACUGAUCCUAAGAGAAUUGCUAGAGAUUCACCUAUUCCUAUACUGGCUCCGCUUCCAAUUGGAUUUGCGGUGUUUGUCGUUCACUUGGCAACCAUACCAAUCACUGGAACUGGGAUCAACCCAGCUAGGAGUUUAGGAGCUGCAAUCAUCUACAACAACGCCUUAGCUUGGAAUGACCAAUGGAUAUUUUGGGUGGGACCCUUCAUUGGAGCUGCUCUUGCUGCUGUUUACCACCAGAUUGUUCUUAGAGCCAUGCCCUUCAAGACCCCUAACAAUGAGAAAUCUUCAACCUAGUUUAAUUCAUUUAAAUAAUUUAUAUAAUUCUUUUCUUGUAAUUUGUCCUUUUUCCCCCUCUCCUCCACCUCCACCAUUCAUGUAUCUUGUGUCAUUUUGUGCUUAAUUAAAUGUGUAUGUUAUUAAUUAGGUCUUGUGUCAUUUUGUGCUUAAUUAGUGUGUAUGUUAUUAAUUAGGUUUGUAAUGUUGUUAUUAAAUGUGUAUGUCGUUAUUAAUUAGGUACUACGUAUAUUAUAAAUGUAAUGUAACUAGUUUGAUCUACUCCCUCCGUCCCAAAAAGAACGACCCAUUUGGGUUGAUUAUGCGGGUAUUAAGGAAGUUAAGUAAAAAGAAGUAAAAGUAUAUUGGAAAGAUAAAUUUAUAUGGGGUUUAAUUUGUAAAAAAAUAGAGAGAGAAA